AUGACGAUGCGCUGGUACGGGGCGGUGGACCUGGCUCUCGCCUGCAAGCGCUGCUGCCCCCGCCUCUACGGCUGGCUGGAGCGGGCCCAGACCAGGCUCGGCUCUUACGGCCCGGACGGCGCGGCGCGGUCCGCCAGCGCCGGAUCGGCAGACAAUAUGCUCUUCACGUUGGGAGCGGAGGGGCCGGCCCUUGGCGGCUCGUCAGGCCGCCGCGCGCAACGCCACCGCUCACGCGUGCUUCGCGGAGCUCCCACCACACCAUCCUCGUCCUCCGCCGCCGCCGCGCUGGGGCUCAUGCCCGGCCCACCGGGGCAGCCAUUCGGUGGCUCAGACUUUGUGGCGAGCGGGGGGGGUGCGGUGGCACCACAGGGUGGCGGCGGCUGCUCGGGCGGCUUCACUACCGGCUCUGCGGGUGCGGCGGAGGCGUCACCCGCGGGCCGCAAGGCGGGCAGCGCCAAGAGCCGCGCCUCCUCCAAGCUGGAGCGCCGGCGUGCGGCUGCGCGCGAGCAAGCGGCGAAGGAGCACCCGCCGCUCAGCGUCCUUCGAAACGGCCUUCGCCGCGCGACGCUCACUUACGCCGCAGCAACGAUCUUGGCGGCGCCUUUCUCUUUCUGGUAUGGAGAUACGCCAGUUGACUUUAUGCCCUAUGCCGUGGCAAGCGAUGCGGCAGCGAUCGUGUACGACGGUGGUGGACACUUUGUGACGCUUCUCUCGCAAGAGGCGACCGAAUCGUUGUCGAUCGAGCCUCAUUUGGUCGUCGACUUACACUCGCACCGGCCGGACAAGUACGUACGAGGCACUGUGGCAGUCUGCUUCUUCGUCGCCCGUGGCCGCUUUAUGCUGGAGCUUCGCGACCCCGCGGCCGACGACAAGGGCUCGCCUCUGGUCGCACUCGUCUCGAAUGCACGUGGCGGUUGGGCCGCUUAUACGUUCAAGAAGGAGCGGACCGGGCUAAAAGUAAACACCGGGCUAAAGCCGUAG